UCCAUCUUUUUCAGCAUGCAAGAUGAAAUUGAGACAGAAGAGAUUAUCAAGGGCAUUUUCAAACAAGGCAAGAUCUGCUUCUUCCCUCGGUACCAGUUCCAGAGUAAUCACAUGGACAUGGUGAGAUUAACAUCACCUGAAGAGAUCUCUUUACUUCCCAAAACAUCCUGGAAUAUUCAUCAACCCGCUGAGGGAGAUGUUCGGGAGGAGGCCUUGUCCACUGGUGGACUUGACCUCAUCUUCUUGCCAGGCCUUGGGUUUGACAAAGAUGGCAACCGGCUAGGGCGGGGCAAGGGCUACUGUGACACCUACUUGAAGCGCUGUGUGCAGCACCAGGAAGUGAAGCCCUACACCUUGGCUUUGGCUUUCAAAGAGCAGAUCUGCCUCCAGGUCCCAGUGGAGGAGCACGACAUGAAGGUAGAUGAAGUCCUUUAUGAAGACUCCCCGGCAUCUUAA